AAAAUAACUCAUUAUUAUAUUCCAACUUCAGGCCUUGACAGGGUUAACUCCAAGAGAAUGGAAGGCUGAGACUGAAGCAAGAGAGGCGGGUCUUCCCAGCUCAGAUUGCAUCCCAAACUCCCCCCUUGCCAUACAUACAGAUACACACACCCGCUUUUUGAUUCUCCUCCUCUUCUAGGUCCCAGGGGAGGGGAAUGUGGGAUCGUGAGAUCAAAAAUAACCCUCUUAUGUCAAAGCAGGGGGAAGAAAGUAUAAAUACCGAGGGUUCGGUAGCCUGCUUUGGUGCUUCCAAGGCUGGAGAAGGAAGGAAGGGAGGAAGGAAGGAGCUAUCCAUCGCAAGCUCUCCAAGCCUCCUGCAGACACCCUUUUCCAAGGGGACGACUCGCCUUCCUCUUCCUCCUGCUGCUAUUUUUGCUUGACACUGUGCAGCAUCUUGCUUGGAAAGGAGCUUGGCAGGCCGGGUAUCAAAACCCACCACUUUGGGGAGCAGAAAGAGGACUUUGCCCACUUUUCCCUCCCACACUUGGGCAACUUGCAUCUUCUAACUCACCCAGUCUUCCCCAUUUCUCUCUCUGCUUCUCUCUAUCAAUUUCUCUUUCCUAUCACUUUUGAUUUCCCCACUGCCCUCUGAUUCUGUGGUUUCCAGAUUUGCUUCUCCAGCAACCCAAGUUUUCCUCUGCCUCUAUGCCUGCUUUCCCUCCAAGGCCUCCCUCUUUCACUGGCAGGCUGGCACCUGCUCCUGGCUCUCCUUGGGUGCUCUUCUGGAUGCUCCUGCCCCAUGCCCUGGCCCUGUCCAUCCCCACCGGAGACUCCCAGGAGGUGGUGCCAGUCUGGAUGGGCAGCAGGGAAGGGCAGGUGUGCUUCUCCCUGGCUGCCUUCGGGAGGGAAUUUGUGCUGCACUUGGAGCCCGAUGCCAGCUUCUUGGCACCCGGACUGAAGAUCCAGCAUAUCGGAAGGAAGGAGCCCACUGCUGAGUUUCUGCCCGAAGAAGAAGAAGAGGAGGAUGCAAGGCUGCAGAGAAGAUGCUUCUACUCAGGGACUGUCAACUCGCAGCCAGACUCCUUGGUGGCCGUCAGCUUGUGCCAAGGCAUCCAUGGCUCCUUCUUAGUGGACGGAGAGAAGUAUGUCAUCCAACCUCAAGGCCAAGGAAGUGGAGAGCUCCUGCUGCAGGUCCACCAGCUCCAGAAGCAGGGCUGGGCAAAAGAGGUCCCUGAGGACAUCCCAGAAGAAGCCGCUCAGGCUGAACCUAGCAGCAGCAACAGCAGAGCCAAGCGGUUCACUUCUCAAGCUCGCUAUGUGGAGACUCUGCUGGUGGCAGACACAUCAAUGCUCCGCUUCUACGGGGAAGACCUGACGAAUCAUAUCCUCACUUUAAUGUCCGUAGCUGCUCAGAUCUACAAACACCCCAGCCUGAAGAACUCUAUCAAUUUGGUGGUAGUGAAGGUGCUGCUGGUGGAAGACGAGAAGGCUGGGCCGGAAGUCUCGGACAAUGGAGGGCUCAUGCUACGUAACUUCUGCAACUGGCAACAGCAGUUCAACCCUCCAAGUGACCGUCACUCCGAACACUAUGACACAGCAAUCCUCUUGACAAGACAGGAUUUCUGUGGACAUCAGAGCUGCAGUACGCUUGGAGUGGCUGAGACUGGCACCAUGUGUGACCCCAACAAAAGCUGUUCUGUGAUAGAAGAUGAGGGCCUCCAGGCUGCCUACACUUUGGCCCAUGAACUAGGGCACGUUCUCAGCAUGCCUCAUGACGAUUCCAAGACAUGUGAGAGACUCUUCGGGAGCUUAGGAAGGCAUCACAUGAUGGCUCCUCUCUUUAUCCAUCUGAACAAAACUCUGCCAUGGUCACCAUGCAGUGCCAUGUAUAUCACAGAAUUUUUGGAUGGAGGACAUGGUGACUGUCUGCUUGAUGAACCAGCCGAGCCUAUUGCCUUCCCCACAGACCUUCCUGGCCAAGUGGCCUUAUAUAACCUGGAUCGUCAGUGUCAGCAAAUCUUCGGCAAAGAGUUCCAACAUUGUCCAAAUGCCUCUCAGGAGGACAUCUGCUCCCAGCUCUGGUGCAAGCUAGAUGCAGGAGAACGCCUGUGCCACACCAAAAAUGGCAGCUUGCCUUGGGCAGAUGGGACAUCUUGUGGGGCAGGGAAGAUGUGCUUGGAUGGGCAUUGUGUAGCGCAGGAUGCCGUGAUCCCUGAGCCUCCAGUGGAUGGAAACUGGGGACCCUGGAGCUCUUGGGGACCAUGUUCCAGGACAUGUGGUGGAGGCGUGCAUUUCUCCUACAGAGCCUGUGACAAUCCUGUGCCUAAGAAUGGGGGCAAAUACUGUGAAGGCCAAAGAGUCCAAUAUCAGUCAUGCAACACGGAAGAAUGCCCACCUAAUGACAAGAGUUUUCGAGAGCAACAGUGUGAAAAGUACAACAGAUACAACUACACAGACAUGAAUGGGAAUCUGCUGGAGUGGGCCCCUAAGUAUGCAGGAGUAUCACCUCGAGAUCGCUGCAAGCUGGUCUGUCAGGCGAAGAAAGGGAAUGAAUUCAAAGUGUUUGAGACUAAAGUGAUUGAUGGGACUGUCUGCGCACCGGAUACACUCUCUGUUUGUGUCCAUGGUCAGUGCAUCAAGGCUGGCUGUGACCACAUUAUUGGAUCACUCAAGAAAUUAGACAAGUGUGGGGUUUGCGGCGGCAAUGGGUCAUCUUGCAGGAAAAUAACUGGAUCACUCAACAGAUCCAAGUUUGGGUAUAAUGACAUUGUCACAAUUCCUGUGGGAGCAACCAACAUUGAUAUCAAGCAACACAGCCGCCGAGGAGUGAGGCACGAUGGGAACUAUUUAGCUUUGAGGACACUGGAUGGUAAAUACCUCUUGAAUGGAAACCUCACUGUUUCUGCCAUGGAACAAGACAUUUUCAUGAAAGGGACUGUCCUGAGAUACAGUGGCUCCCUUACAACCCUGGAACGCCUUCAGAGUUACCAGCGACUCCCCGAAUCCAUUACUGUCCAGGUGCUGUCAGUUUCCAGUGAGAUGUUCCUCCCCAAGGUAUUCCCUUCUCCAAAGGUGAGAUACACCUUCUUUAUCCCCAAGGACACCUACUUUAGCAAGCAGAAGAGCAAGGAGAAGAGCUUGGCCAAUGUCAUCAAGCCCAUGUUGACGUCGCAGUGGGUGCUGGGAGACUGGUCUGAGUGCUCGAAAUCCUGUGGCUCCGGCUGGCAGAGACGAACAGUUGAAUGCCUAGACGUAGACGGUCAGAGCUCCUUGACCUGUGACAAGGGCCUCAAGCCGGAGGACAUCAAGCCCUGCAGCGACCUCCCAUGCCCGAUCUGGCAGAUGGGGCCUUGGUCCCCCUGUUCCCAGACGUGUGGAGAGGGAGUGCGGACACGAAGUGCCUUGUGCACUGACUAUGUGGGGAAGCCCAUUGCCUCAGAGAAAUGCAGUUCACCACGUCCACCACCAGCCACUAGUCCUUGCAUGCUCCAGGAGUGCUGAGGCAAAGCCAAAGUUCCGACACAUGAGAGGCAUGUGUAACAUAGGCUAACUACUAACCCAAAACCAGGCUUGGUCUGGCCAAGCAGGGCUGUAGGUUUUAAAGGCAGAUGUGCACUAACUGGCCUGAACAGGCCCUCGCCAGGUAGAUCUGUUGAAAAGAUUAGGAGGCAUUGAAGAUCAGCCACUCUUUCUUUCCCUCUUUCUUCUUCCUGCUUUGUCUUCCUCCAAAGUGACAUCUACCUCAGUGUGGGGGAAUGGCAUGGGAUUUUUGACAAAUCAUAUGACUUUUUAAAAUAUUCUUUAGGGUGCUGGGGGUUAUGGGCUUAUAUUUAACAACUAGGAGGAAUAGAAAUGUCUCUUAGGUGUGAGCAGAAGGUAGAUGAACCAAUAAGAUCUAGCUACACUCCAAAGUACUUCCUCUUUCCCAGGGGGUGCCACCUUAAUAACCCAGAGAGGAGCAACAAAGGUUACUAGAUCAGGAGCUAGCCACUUUCUACAGCACUUGUCCUUCUUUUUUGAGGUGUUGGGUAUGACUGACUUCAUUUCUUCUCCCUCUAGCCAUUUUUAAAGUCAUGACCACAGAACUAGUAAAUAUGACUAAAGUCCAAUAAUUCUUGCAAUUUUCAUAGUCAUUAGCUUUGCCCAGAUUUUGCAAACAACUUGGAAAGAGCUGUAGUAUAUCCCUUUCUGGCACUGGUUGUGUUUCUUAUGUAGAUAUUUGUUCAUUGCUUUCACUAUCAAUAUCUAAUGACAUCCCACUCAAUGUAUGAUUCCUGAUCACCCAUGUGACUAUUUUAGGGAGGAGAAAGAAAUCGCUAUAUGGCUACUGUGCUGAUGCUAUUAUAGCCAUGGGAAAUAUUUGUGCCCAUUAUAAUAACUGGUUUCUUCUUGGGUUGAAUUCAGCAUUAAGUAAGGCAGGAUAUCUUUAGCCGGAGUCCCCUCGAAGGAGAGGGAUUGUGUUUCUGCCUUUACGCCAGACCCAUAACUUGCUCAUUCAUCUCCAUCAGGGUCAUUAUCCUGUAUGUGUCUCUCCUUUGCUGUCUGCAGCUGAGGAGGCAGAUAGUCUUCCUGUCUGAGGCGGGAGCUCUUCCUUCCCAACCAGGAGCCUGGCCAAAGCAGAGCAGAACAGCCAAAAUAUCUCUCUCUGGCCCAGACUGUCUGGCCCAAGGGGAGACACUCAAUCAGCCAACGAACUUUCACCCUUUCCAGCAAAUUGCCUUCAAGUGAACUUGUACCAGGACAAGGAGAUCCUAGCAGCAAGAGGUGUCUUAGAAAAGAUCUGCAAGGCAACUGAGAAGUGUCGUAUUUGGAGGCCUCUGAGAACAGCGUGUGCCUGUAUGUGCCUUCAAGUUGCGUGUCAACUUAUGGAAACCCCAUGAAUUUCAUAAGGUUUUCCUAUGCAGGAGUUGUUUGCCAUUGUCUUCUUCUGAAAUAUAGUCAACAGCACUUGACAUUCUUUGGCAGCCUUCCAUCCAAGUGCUAACCAGAGCUGACCUUGCUUAGCUUCCAAGAUCAGACAGGAUCUGGUGCCUUCAGAGUAUUUAGGAGUCAGGGAAAGAGAAGGCCAUGAAACAAUUCAACAUCCUGGCCUUACUUUCUCAGCAAUUUUUAUCCUACUUCUCGGUUUUCCCCAAUUGCAUGGAUUUUUGCUUUAGAACGAAAGCCGCUGAGCCCUCAGCUGUCAUUGCUCUCAUUAUCUGUCUUUCCUUUAUUCAUUUUCAAAAAAUAAGAUGUGAGAAUUUCAGACUGUGUUUCUUCAUCUCGCUCCAAAAUUGUCAUUGGCAACAGCAGAUAGACUUUGGGAUUUAUAAGCAGAUCAGCUCAGGGGAAAGUGUCCAGCUUGGCUUUGCAAACAUUGGGCUUCUGCAUGUAUGGACAAGUGCAGCAUGCCAGCCUAUUGCUGGAUCAGCCCGUUCGCCUAUCCGUCUGUGGAACACAUACAGUACCCUGCUGCUCAAGUGAUAAAACUUUGUUGACAGACUGACAGCGAAGAGUACCAGCUUGCCAACGGAAAUGUCAGGUUUGGGGCAGGGCAUCUUGCUGCUCUUGUAAGAAGCUGUCAUGCCUCCCCCCUCACAUUUAAAAGGCUUUAUGUUAAUAUAAGCUUUCUUGAUGUGUUUGUUUUUCUCACAAAGCACAGUCCCAAAUGUUUGGAGACAAUUAAGAAUAUUUUGAUGAAGCCCUUUGUGCCUUGGAAAUGUAAGACUUCCUGUUGGUGUAGACAGAAACCUAGAGCCAUUCUAAACAUUAGAAAACAAUUCUGGACUUGAACCAUUUUGGAGUGUAUGGAGAAGGAGACAGUAUUUUUUUCUGAAAUACCCCUCUCCCCAAUUUCUUUUAAUUAUGUGCUGCCUGUGCAGACAGGAUAGUGAUAAAUGUUUCAUCUUGGUGUACUAGCAUGAUACAUUUGGGUUGUUUCUUUACACAAAGGCAUUCUGAUUCCCUCUAAUGGUAUAGUCCAAAAGCUUACCAACUCACUGGGCAUAAUGGAUGGAAGAAUUUGCUGCUGCUGUGCAACAUCCAUCAACAAAUGGAUGGUGUGGUCCCAGAAAGUGCUCUGUUUUUAGCCCCUUUGUUCCUUUAACUCCCAGAAAAAUCCCACAUGCGCAAACUUUGGAGCUAGGAAUGAGCAGCCUUUCUGUAGCACAUUGAUCAUUUUUAAUGCUAAUGUUGAAGGCCAUUGCACUGUGUAUCUGGCUUUGUGGAACGUUGUGAGUUAAGUGGUCUGUGCUUGGGAAAUCCAUGGUGUUGCUUGGCUCUUCUCUCUUGGGGGCGUAGCAGAGCAGAAUGCGCUCUGGCCAUCUCCAGGGAGGGCUUCCUGCCGACAGCAGCCUCUCCAACAAAGCUGCUCGGCACAAUCGCCAUGUGUUUUAAGUAGAGAUCUCUUCUUCGGCCAUUGUUGCUCUGGCCAAGCAUGAAGAGUUAGUUCUGCCUGUGUGAAAAGGAAGGGAAACCCUUUCACAGCGGAUCUGCCAUGAAGCAAGGCCCCUGACCCUCAGCACCUUCCCUGACAAUAGAAAGGAAGCUGGUUUUGUUCCUCUUGAACAGAGCAAGUUAAUGACUGCCUAAAGGGUCUCUCACUGGAACAACCCCAGGAGGGAAACGGCUGUAGCCUCAAACAUAUAUAUUAGGGAGCAGUUGGAAGACGAGGAUUUGGGCACAACAGACGCUCGGUCAAGAAUUCACUGGGUGGCCUCGGAGGAGGGACUGUCUCUUUUGACCCCGUGCAUCUACCACACAGAGAUAAUAGUGGCCUAUGACACUGAGCCAUUGUGGGAAGGAUGGUUGGGGAAACGUGAAGCACAAAAACGCCCAAACAGUAGGAACAACAGAGUCUGACAGCAUCAUCCUAUGCAUGUCUAUACAGAAAUAAACCCCACUGUGAUCAGAGAGAUCUGCCUCCAUGGGACUGCAGCAACAUGCACUCUGUUUAUUAUUAAGCUGGCACCACAUCACUUUUUAGUGUGGCUUUUUGCUAAAAUACACAAAUGCCAUCAGCUCUCUUUGGAAAUUUGUAAAAUAUCUUUCAAAACUUUAAAUUUAGAUUGUUAGUUCUACUAGAUGUGGAGCAUUUUGGGUAUGACUUUUCUCCCUCCUUUGCAUUGUCUGAAUAUCCUGAAGUUGCCAAAUCCUGUCUGAUUUUAGACUUUAAGCAAGGCCAGGCUUGGUUAGUAUUUGUAGGGGAGACCACCACCAGGGAACACCAAUGGCAGUGGCCUCUAUUCCAGAAGAAAUCUAUUAUAAACCACCUCCGAGUACUCCCUGUUCAAGAAAACUCAAUGAGUACAAAAUACGUUUGCACUUUGAACUUAGUUUGCAGGAAAUUGAUAGACAUGAGGAUAAAAGGGGGAAAGUGGAAUGAGUCUUCUUGUGGAGAGAAAAAGUGGGGUAUAAAUAAAUAUAAUGGUGGUGGUGGUGAUGAUCGUGAUGAUAAUGACGUGGGAAGGUAUAUCCUUUAAAACAUAGGAAGAAGCAAAUCCUGCAGCUUCUGCUUUUAGAAGGGCGACCUAAGCUUGAUGUAAUUGUAUAUGCCUAGAUAGAAAACCUUGAAUGCUUCCAUUGCUUUUCAGGGUUCUCCUAGGUGCAACCUGAAAUAGAAAAUUCUACAUAAUAAGAUGAAAGGCAUUUCGAGAGAGCAAUUUAGGAAAUGCUGUGACUCACAGUGUCUACUUCGGGCCAGAACAUUUUUCAUUGUCAGACAGCUCUUAAUUUUCUUAGUCCCAAAACAUUGGGCAACUGUCCCAGUCUCUCUUAGCAGGAUGUAGAGAGUUUUUAUAGAAGCCAAGAAUAUUUCUUAUCCCGUGGAUAGGGGUUGGAGGGAAGGUAGGAUUCCUUAUGGCAUGCAGUCAGUUUUCUGAGCCAAACAAUUAGACUUGCAAUUAUUGCUGUCUUUCAGGUAUCCCAGAGAAUCCUUGGAUGUAGUCAUCCUUUUGCAAGAGAUCAUUCCUCUUCUAAAGUAACCUUUCCUUGACUUCUUUCCUUACUUUCAUAAAUCACAGGACCAUUUUCCAAUACAGCUGUAGAAUUUUUUAAAAUUUAACUCUUUUUUUAGCAUAUAUCCUUUUGCCAAUAUUUUUUAAAAUCCAUUAAAGAAAAGAGUAGCUCAAGCCCUGUGUUCUCUCUUGUUAGAUUGGUGGGGAAAAACAUAACAAGAUGGUUACAUAAUCCAGUUUUCUGGAUUGCCCUCUUUUAAGAAAACAGAAGGCAGUUGCCACAUUUGGACUGAUGUUUCUUUCUUAUUCCAUACUAUUUAAGUCCACUGCUAUUGGCCACAGAAAGCUUUCAAUUAUCAAGGAGCACAUUUGAAAUAUGCAUAUAAGCAAAACUGGAGUCAGCGAAAGCAUAAUUCUAAUUAUAAACCACCUAUCUUGAGAUCAAUAUUGUUGUUUUAUGGAGAUUGGCAACAUUAUGAGAGUCCUUAAAGAUCUCUGGUCAUCACUUGCUCUGCUCAGGUCUUGCAAACUCAGAACCAUGUCCUGCGUCAAUUUAACUAGUGUGUUCUCCCUCUUUUCCUAUUGCCUUCCACUUUAUCAAACUUUAGCCCAAUAGGCAGGUUUGCAAAACUGAAGUUUGAUAAUGGAAGUGGUGCUUUAUUUAGAGGUGAAGAUAAGGCAGGCAUACUUAACUAUGGCUUCUUCUGUAGCAGAGAGAAUCUGGCUUUACAUCUUGCCUUCCACACAUUACUUGUGUUACUAAAUCAAAUGCUGGGCCAAAGAAGUCCUUUCUGCAUUUUAUAAAUUAGUGCAUCCUUCUUACACCUUACAAAAACGUCACUGUUGCAGAAGAGAAAAGUGAACUAUAGCCAGCAUCUCCUUGGCAUCUCAGACUCUUAAAGCCAUCUCUCUUUCUCAAGUCAGCAAAGGUGCAUUCCAGCCACUUUUGUUACAUUUAAAUCCAUCUUCACCCUGUGCUGAAGGCUAUGCACCGGAAGUAAAAUUCCGUAUGUUUUGACAGCCUGCUGGAUGCUGUCAUUUUUCUCGAUUCAUUAUUCUCUCCAGCACAGUGUUUCUAAACUCAAAAGGUCACCGCAUGCGUCUUUUCUCUUUGCCUGUAACUAACACCACUUUGGAAUAUGCCCGGCAUUCUAGUCUGACAUUUCCCGGAGGCUACGUUAGAGAUACGCACACACGUUGUCAGAAAAGUCUGUGCAAGAAUCAGAAUUGGGGAGAGCAACAGCUCAUCCAUCAAGGCUGUCAGGAUAGUCUGCUCUUUAGUUUUCCCUUUUACAGAAAAAAAAAAUCAAUCUCAGUCUGUGAGCUGCUGCUUCUAAACCCCAAUUUGGUCCGCUGUUCUGAUUGUGCUUUCCUGAGCAAGUGAAGGAAGGAGAGAAAGGAAGGAAGGAAGGAAAGCAAAAUGUAUACAAAUGCCUCCUGAAACCAGUGUGGUCUGUUGGGUGCCAAUUGGCAAGCACCCAUGGCACCAACAAUGGCCUCACAGAGUGAGGGAGGAGGUUUCCCACAAGAGGAUCAUUGCUAAAGGAGGUUCAAGGCUUUCCUGGCCCCAGAGAAAAGAGAAUGGCUUUUCCUAUCUACAGCUACAUGGCCAUUUAUUCCUUGAGCCACAGUAUUCAAAAGCAGCAGAGCUUUCCCUUUGUUUUUCAAUGGCAUGUCAUGCAUGAUCUUGGACUCUACUUUUGGGAGGAUAAUACAUCUGGCCCUGGCUUUACCAUCAUUUCAAGGUUCCCCUUCCUUGAGAGCUUUUCAUCAAAAACCUGAGAACUGUUGUGCAUAGUCUGGGCUGCAUUUUGGGUAGGCAAAAAACUCACCAUGUGUAAAGCUUGGCCAUAAUCCACAAAAUUAUAAGGUUCCCAACACUUCCCCCUUCUUUUUCUGCAUAGAAAUGGAUGGAAGACCAUUGGGCAGGAAUUACACAUUUGCACAGCUCUUUUUUUUAAAAAAGGGACGCAGGGGGUUAUUUUCAGGAACUUUACAUGCUACCCAACCCCUUCCUUCAAUAGCUGUCAAGCCAAUGUGGGAGCACUGCUUUUUACGAGUGGGCAAGCUACAUAGAAGAGAAUCACAUGGUCCUAGCUCCAGAGGGAAGGGAAAUGGAGACAUACUCCAUCUGAUAAUGCACUUUCCUUUCUCCCUCACAACCAAGAGCACCCAGAUCAUCUUUGUCUAAAUUCCUUCUUCUUCCCGUCAAUAACCAACAGAAACAGUGCACCAUGGGAGCUGACAGUCUUAGUGUGGGGAGGAAAUAGAACCACUUGAUCCAGGAUCCUGACAAUGAAUAACAACUAAAUAAACUUCCUAACAAUUCCAAGGAACUCCAAGGUUUAGAUGGGUGUGGCAUUGCUCUUCAGAGGAAAUGUUUGCAGGAAUACAAGAGACUAUCAAAAAGUAAUUUGCUGCCUGGGGAAACAACAUGAUGUUGCCCAUGCUAAUGCCAUUUCCAAAAAUGGGAAGGACUUUUGAACCUUAUGCCAACAUGAAUCAUGGAACAGCAUGAAGACCAGAAAAAGAAGAGCAGGGGGAGAUCAGAUACAGCUAAAAAAAAAAACCCUAAUGGUGUGUGCAUGUGCCUUCAAAUCGCCUUUCAACUUAUACUGACCUCAUGAAUUUCAUAGGGCUUUCAUGGGCAAGAAAUAGUCAGGGGUAGUUUUGCUAGUUCCUUCCUUUGAAAUAUAGCCUAUAGGAACUGUUAUCAUUGGCAGUAGAGUGGCUCUAUUUACCUUCCAAGAUCAGACAGCAUCUGAUGCCUUGUGAGAGUUAGUUCGUAGUCUCAGAAGCAACACUCCUAUCUAAAAAGGAUUGUGUCUAUAGUAUAAAGAUGCCUUCUUCUGGUUGUUCUCAUCCAGCCUUCUGGCUGCCAGCAUCCUUCGUGGUCCCCUCUCCAAUUCUGUAAUGCUGGCAUCCAACAACAUUUGGAAUGCCUGCCUGACUUUGUCUUUCUUUCAAAUAAACACAAAACAUGUAGCAUUUAUGACGAUGUACGUAAAAUAAGUUAUAUAUAGGAUUUAUAUGUAUAUAUGUUUCCCUUCAGUGAAGGAUUUUAGCAUUAUACUGAGCCUCUUGUAAAAGAUAUUUAUUUUGUGUACAGUAACUGUUUUUAGCAGCAGGAGAGAAAGGGCAACUGCAUUCAACAAUGUUGCUGCCUCUCCCUUCUUUUGUGUUGAGGAGUCAAGAAAUCUUGCUCCUUUUUCCUAACGGCUUAGUUGUACAGCUAGUAUCUCAAUACAGUUUGGCAUGUAAACCUAGAAAGCUGGUUCCAGUGAAGAUCUGCAGUAAAUAAAAAAAAAGCAUCCUAAUCUCCUUUUAUUUUUUGUCUUUUGAAGAAAAAAAACAAGCCCUAUUUUUUUUCUUUCCUCUCCCACUUUUAGUCUUUAGAAACAGAUAGCCAGAUUGUAAUAAGACUGUACUAGCCUUUGGCUGUGAAUAAAAUACUUCAAUUAAAUUCCCUCAA